CAGCAACUGCCGAAAUAUAAAGUCCCUAAAGAAGUUUGCAAUAGAUAGGGGGCGAAACAGGGCAAGGCACACCAAACAAGACUUCCAGCUGUGGUCGAGAUCCGGCGAGCCUCGUCGGAUUUCGCCCAUUUUCAUUCCGCGGAGAGAUACUGAGAGAACAUAGACAAUUAGAAAUCGUUAAGAAUGAAGGGAGCGUGCACUCUCGUAGCUUCUGUUGUCGCCGCGUCCACGGUGGCUAUAUCCUCCUCCUCUGCAGGAGAUCGCGACGUGGCUUUUUAUCCUUGCUCUAACGAGGGAUCAACUCCUGCCAAUGGAAGACAUAGGGUACCGGGUGGUUGUGCAUCCUUAGACAAGGAGAAAUUCGCGCCAAGAUUUGAUGGGUUAAGGUUCAUAGAGACCCUGAUUACAGCUCACAGAUAACUUGUGUUCUAUUUUCCAUUUGUUGAGGGAAACCCCAUUGGUUGUUGUGAUUAAGGAGAGAAAGCAGCUUAGCGAGGAGUUUUUGUUAAUCUUUUUCUUUUCAGUUUAGCGAGGUCCUUUUGUUGUUCAUCUUUUGCCAUUUUCGUAAUGGAUUGAUGAUGUAGCCAUAAACUCCAAAGCACGAGGGUCACAGUUUUGUCGAAUUUCCUCCUUGUGUUAUGGAAUUUCCGGCGUUUAAAACCAAUUUUGAUUAAUUUAAAAGGCGGGUUACCUGUCUGUCUGUUUGUCUCUUUGACUCUGAGCAUGAAAUUAUUAAUUUUGAAGGAGAUUGAAACAGCUGUUUGGUUUGAU